AUGCUUGUUCAAAAUCAAGUAGACCAAGCUAGAGAAUUGGCAAAUCAAUUUAAGAAACAAGGUCAUUUUGAUAAAUUGAAAUCAGAGAUUCUCUCUAGAGAAUCAAACAUCAAGACAAAAGAAAAUGUUACAGUACCUGGCUCUUUGGAAACAGUAUUAAAAAAUGUAACAACCUCGAUAGUGAAAGAUAUGGUAUCUAAAGAUGAGGAUUUGAUUUUCAAGAAUAGGGGAUCGACAAGUGCUUUAUUGGAAGCACAAUUACUUAAAGAUGAUUAUAAAAAAUUUGGAGAGGGCAAAAAUGGGAUCGAACUAAAUAGAUAUUUACAAUCUUGCAUCAACGACCCAGAUUUGUAUGAAACUAUAUACAAGGAAUUAGCUCAAUUAGUUUCAAAAGAAAAUAUUAUAGUGACGAAUACUCCUAAUAAUAGUCAAUAA